AUGGGCUUAUCGGGACUUCUAUCCGCCGAAAUAGCAAAGAAGCGGAAAGCAGCCAAGGAAAAGUCAAACAUCAAGAAACCAAAAGUCGAAACCCUGACAAGCGAAGAUUCCAAGAAAGACGAUGGGCCUGAUGAGCCUCACACGGUAACCGAUGAACAGAAGCUUUUGGAUAGCGUUUCUGAAGAUCGCCUCGAGAAAUCGCUCAAAGCGUUCGAAGGAGAUGACUCUACUUUAAGUAAAGAGGACCAACUACGAAAGCUUGAUUUGUUGGUGAAGACCGAACAACGGAACGACGCAUACAAGGCAUACUUAGAUGAGGAGAAUGCCGUGUCUCCUACCAUCACACUAGAAGAUAUCGGUGCAAUUGAAACAAAGAAACGUCAACUAGAGCUACAAAUAAGACGGUCAUUGAAAGGUAUCAUCCUGUUAUGGGAAGCGUUACCUCAAGAGCCGCCCGAACCAUACACAAUUGGCAUGCUCAAGGAGGUCAAAAGAGACAUUAUCAAGCUACUUUACAGACUAAGAACUGGGAAGCUUGACGAGAGUAUAAUCUUAUCGCUUGCUACAAUCAUCUACUACAUCCAACUUCAAGAUUUCGUUAAAGCGAAUGAAAGUUACAUGAAGCUCAGUAUAGGCAAUGUUGCGUACCCAAUUGGUAUUCGAGACGUCGGAAUACAUGCCAGAGCUGCUCUUCUGAAGAUUACAGGAGAAGACAAAUCUACUAUUGCCAAUGUUAUGAAGGACGAAACAACUCGGAAAUGGAUCCUAAGCGUGAAGCUUCAGAAAGAGAUCAAGGACAUCAAGGAGUUCGUUGAAUUGGCUAGAAGAGCUGACAUCAAGUCUGCCGUCGUCAAGGUCAACAAGAAGACCAAGUCUAACGGUAAGCCUUUCAAGCAGACCAAGUUCAAGGUCAGAGGUAAGAGAUACCAGUACACCUUGGUCGUUGACGACGUUUCCAAGGCCAAGAAGUUGCAGCAGUCUUUGCCACCUUCUUUGAAGAUCCAGUCUUUGUAA